AUGUAACUUAGAAAAUAAUACGAUGAAGCUAUAGAAAAGCAGAAGAAAAAAUAUCUGAUCUACUCUAAAAAUAAGCCAACUGAUGACCCUGUAUUAUAUGAGAAGUGUUUUGAAGAAUUUUAUAGCUAAAUUAGGAAAAUCAGAGAGAAUGGUCUCGGUGAUGAGUUUUUAUUUUAGUUAAUAGAGUCUAACCCAAUGGAAACUAUCUAUAAUUGCCAAUUGCAUGAAUUCUACAAAAUCUAUCAUUUUCCAUAUAACAACUUGUAUUCGAAUGCAAUACCAGAGUCACUCAGGGUAGAAAUAAUUUUUAGAAGCUUCCUCUUUUUUAUUAAAAAUAAAAAUCAGAAAAAGAGUAAAUUAAAUCCGACUGCUAAAAAUCAAAUGCAUUUUCGACAGAUCAAUUAAUGUGAUGGUGAUAUUGAUUAAUCACCAAGAAUAAAUACUAUGAUAGUUGAUAUUAAUGAAGAAGAUAGUAAGUCAUACUUAGAGGAAUAAAAUAAGCAAAAAUACUAGAUAAGUCAAUAAGAGCUGUGUAGCCGAUUGGGGGAUGCCAAUUAUCUUACCCGAAUUUUUAAAUUUGUUGAAAAAAAUCAAAUUCUAAUUGAAAAGCACCUGAUAAAGAGACUAGAUAAAUAUGUUGUUGAGAUUUUGAAAAAAGUAAUAGAGUAUGAAAGUGAUGAGUACUAUGGUGACUAAGGAUAAUUGAUGGCGAUUGAUGAAUACUCUUCUCAGAUGAUUCUAGAUGUUGAUCUUAAAAUUAAGAUUUUGUGUAUGUUUUGGAAAUUUGAAAAAGCUAAAAUUUUCAUUUACUAGCAAGUCCCACCUAUUAAUUGCACUCUCAUUUAGUAUGCAGCAAGACUACAGAAGUAUCAUUGGAUUGAGUCAUUAGUGGAGUAUAAUCUUUUAACUACAAGUCUCAAUGAUUACUUUGGAGGUAGAAUCUAGACAUUUGAUGAACUAGUGUGCUUGGUUGUCCUUUGUGGUAAUUUGAAAACUGAUAAAUUGAAGGACAGCCAUUUGGUUAAGAAUCUUAUGGUUUAGUACAGCAAUAUGAUUAUGUAGGAUCCAAAGAAAUUUGAUUACUAAGUAAUGAAGAAUAUCAAGAAGUACGGCAUUAGUCAGCCAGCUUUUGGAAGUAAUGACAUUUAGGAAAUCUUAUAUAAAAGAAAGCUUGAAAUGAUAUUUUAUUUUGAAAAAAUAAUGAAGAAGAAAGGAGUGUUAAAAAAUAAGUAUAUUUAGAUAGAAGUAUUCAAAUUCAUAUGA